GCUCUGUAUGUCAAAAAAGUUUUUCUUUUUCAAGUGCUCUCAAAUGUCACAUGAGAACUCAUACGGGAGAGAAACCAUAUACUUGCUCUGUAUGUCUAAAAAGUUAUUCUGAUUCAAGAACUCUCAAAUGUCACAUGAGAACUCAUACGGGAGAGAAACCAUAUACUUGCUCUGUAUGUCAAAAAAGUUAUUCUGAUUCAAGUACUCUCAAAUGUCACAUGAGAAUUCAUACGGGAGAGAAACCAUAUACUUGCUCUGUAUGUCAAAAAAGUUAUUCUGAUUCAAGAACUCUCAAAUGUCACAUGAGAACUCAUACGGGAGAGAAACCAUAUACUUGCUCUGUAUGUCAAAAAAGUUAUUCUGAUUCAAGAACUCUCAAAUGUCACAUGAGAACUCAUACGGGAGAGAAACCAUAUACUUGCUCUGUAUGUCAAAAAAGUUUUUCUGAUUCAAGUACUCUCAAACGUCACAUGAGAAUUCAUACGGGAGAGAAACCAUAUACUUGCUCUGAAUGUCAAAAAAGUUUUUGUGCUUCAAGUAAUCUUACAAAACACAUGAAAACUCAUACGAGAGAGAAACCAUAUACUUGUUCUGUAUGUCAAAAAAGUUUUUCUUUUUCAAGUGUUCUCAAAUGUCACAUGAGAACUCAUACGGGAGAGAAACCAUUUACUUGCUCUACAUGUCAAAGCAGUUUUUCUCAACCAAGUCAUCUCAAAAGACACAUGAAAACUCAUACAGGAGAGAAACCAUAUACUUGCUCUGUAUGUCAAAGACGUUUUUCUGGUUCAAGUAAUCUCACAAAACACAUGAAAACUCAUACGAGAGAGAAACCAUAUACUUGCUCUGCAUGUCAAGAAAGUUUUUCUCAAUCAAAUGAUCUCAAAACACACAUGAGAACUCAUACAUAAGAGAAACCAAAUACUUGCUCUGUAUGUCAAAAAUGUUUUUUUGAUUCAAGUAAUCUCACAAAACACAUGAAAACUCAUGCAUGAGAGGAAGCAUUCACUUAAAAAACAAUCUCAACAGACAUGACAAUUCACACUAGACAGAAACUAUAUAUUGCUUAAUCUCUGUCCAAGUCAUUAUUAUUCAAUCCUUUUAUAUAACUGAUGUAAUUUGAAUAUCGUUAAGAGAGAACUUGAGUAACAUUUGUAAGUGAAAUUUCGUUUGACGUAAGUGUGGACAAAAAAAAUGCUCUAUCUCUUCAUUGGGGAAACUUUUACUUAUGAGCCCAGAUAAGUGCAGCAAGUUAAAAAUUAUUAUAUUUGCUUUAUGAGAAAUUUUUUAUUUAUUUAUAAGAUUAUUGGUUAAUAACCACUGGUUCUUAGAGACAAUACUGAAUCACUUUAUUAUUUCAAUGUCUUGCUGGUGUUCUGACGAUUUCAAAUGUUUUUAGGCAAUGAUUGUUCAGUUGAGACCAAUUCAUUUGUCAGUGCUAUCAAUCAAUGUGUUGAGGGAACACUGAGAAAGAGGGAGAGUUCUAGCUUACUGUUUCUGAUCGCAAAGAUAAUUUUUUUUAUUGACAUCUACGAAUUUAUGUUUGCUGACAGAACCCUGGUUUUGGUCUCAUUCUGCAGCUGAGUAAUUGUACUUUUGUAAAAGUGAUGUAAUUUAACUUUCACUUGUUCAGUGAGAAAGUAUAUUAGAUUUUCUUUCCAGUGACGUUUAUGCAAUUUGUGUCUGAUAGUUUGCUCAUAAUCAGUAGUAAAAUUAGGUAGUAUUACUUUUCCUUAAACAGACAUAUUUGGUUUUCAAAAAUAUUAAGAUAAAAUACAAUAGUCUUGAAAAUGUUGUCCUAAACAGCUUGAUAGUUUUGUCUAGAAAUGAUUAUAACUUGAAACUGUUACUGAAAUAUUUUCUUACUGAUUUAGUUUAUUUUAUGACUUUGUUGCUGAUUGUAAAUUCUGUAGAUGUUCCAAAAGUACCAAAGACAAUCUUGGACACUCAUGGAAUGGAGGCAAACCUGAGCUAUCUUUGUAACUAAACAAAUUGUCAGAUUUCUUUUCAAGUUCCGCUUCGCUAACAUGGAACGAAGUGUAUUUUGUAAAACUCAGGCAAAGUCCUUUUUGUAACUUUAACAGAUGUUUGAAAAAGAAACCCACAAAAUCACUUUGUGACUUGUUUACUUCUAAGUAUUUACAUUUAAUUUUACUCCACACUCGAGUACUUUCAGGCCCUAUCUGUGGCCCAUUUUCAAGAGAUGUUUGGGAUGUCAGGCUGGGUCAAGGCCCAGCAGUCUUCUGGAACUUCUUCUCCUAGAGCUGUCAUUUAUGUGAUGGCUGUUCUGGCUUCUUUGAGAGUUGCCAAUCCCCUCUUGUCGCUCUGAUAUCCUGAGCUGAUGGUCAAUGGGAUUAACCCUUGUGGUAAGGGAGUGGUCACCAAAAGUCUGUUGGGCAGAAAACCUAAUCUCCAGGUCAGCAGGGUCAAUUUUAGCUUCUUUUAAUAUCAAAGCUCGGCUUAUGGGAUCUUCUGAGGUAAAACCUUUAAUCUCUCUGAUAAGUGCACCUUCUACUACCCUCCUGUGACUAAUUUUGUUGCUUUUGUAUAUAAGCCUACUGUUUUUUAAAUCAAUCCUAUGGUCAUUUUCCCAAUAAUGCCUAGCUAUAGCACUCCCCUGAGAGUUAAGCUGUACUGCCCUUCUAUGUUCUAGGAUUCUAGUCCUUAUUCCCCUACCUGAUUCCCCCACAUAUCUGUCUCCACAAUUGUUGCAAUUGAUUAUGUAUACCCCCGCUACAUCAUCUGUAUUACUGUCUUCUUCUUCCAAUUUAUGUUUACAUACUUUGUUUUUUACGGUAUUAUCAAAGGUAUAUACAAAUUUAUAUUUACUUUCUUUCAUUUUUGAAGUGAUUUGUUUCAUUUUAGGCAUAAAAGGGAAGGCAACUAUUUUCUUGUUUUCUUUAUUCCAUGUACUCUCUACAUUUGCUCUGUAAAAAAAUUUUCUAGCUUUGUUGAGUGCCCUUUUUCUGAACCAUUCUGGGUAUGCUAAUGCAUCGAAGCUUUUAUCGAUGUAAUUUAUUUCUUGCUCUAUCUUACAAGGGUCACACGUUCUCAUUGUCCUAAGAAAUAAACAUGUUAGAACCCCUAUUUUUAUAUCAUGACUGUGAAAAGAGAAGAAAUGAAUAUAUGAGUUUGUAUGUGUGGGCUUUCUAUAUGUGCUGAAUUCAUAUCCUGUUUCUUUUCUUUCUAUGAGUAUCUCAAAAAAGGGCAGUUUAUUAUUGUUACUUUUCUCGAAAGUGAACUGGAUAUUGUUAUCAAACUUACUGAGUUUGUCUAGAAAAGUUUCCAUUUCAUUUUCAUCACCUUGUAGAAUAGCAAAAAUAUCAUCCACAUAUCUCCACCACCCUUGCAGUUUUAAGUUAGAGACAUUAACAUUAGGAACUAGAUUAGUUUCGAAAUAUUCCAUAUAGAUGUUAGUGAGUAUAAGUGAUAAUGAGGACCCCAUAGCUACUCCAUAUUUCUGUUUGUAAAC